GGUGCAAGUUGAAGCCAGUACUCUGUACUCCAGUAGUAGUCAGUAGUCAGUAGAUAAUAACUAAUAACACGUGGCACGCGUCUAUAUACAGUUGUUGUAUAUGUUCACACAAGUGCUUGUGCUAUAUGUGAGGUCAGUGCAUUGUGGCGUGAUCAGACGUAUGAUUCUUUUUCUGUGCUACAUAUUUUUUUUAACAUAAUUCAAUUUAUCCUAUCAUUAUUAUUAUUGAUAGGUUGAUAAAUGCUAUAUAAUAUCGACUUGCAAUAUAAUUAUUUAUUGAGUCUUCAAACUAAACAUUAAAUAAUUAACUCAAUAUUUUUUUAAUAAUAAUAAUAAUAAUAAUAACAAUUGUGUUACAAUUUUAGUGUGUUGUUGUUUUAAUUAAUUUACCUAUUUAUUUAUUUAUUUAUUUUUUUUUUUGGUGUGUGAUUAAUAAACUUUUAGUUUUUUCUCUAUUAUUAAAAAAACAACUGGCUACAAUAGAAUUGAAUUAUUUUUUAAAAACAAUAAUGAAUAAUAUGACUGCAAUACAGCCUCAUCUAUCAAAUGGAUAUGUCAACGGAUUUUCUCACAAUGAUAAAGUGGCCCCAGUAGAUAAUAAUGAUACUUUAACUGAACCGAAAAUUGAUUACGUUCGUGCAAGUGAUACUGGUCGUGAUGGCCCAGAUCAAAUUCUUCCUUCAAAUAUUGACACAACUUGGGAUGCCAAUGGACGAGUUAGAAUAAAGCAUGAUUCCUCUCAACCAUUUGAAUACAUAUCAAUACCUGGCUUGUUGACUAAAACAGCAAAAAAAUAUCCAGAUCAUCUUGCUUUGGUAUCAAGAGCUGGUGUUGAUGGAAAAAGAACAACAUAUACCUACAAAGAAUAUGAGACAGAAGUUAAAACAGUGGCCAAAGCAUUUUUAAAACUUGGCUUGGAAAGAUAUCACAGUGUUGCAAUUGUCGGUUUCAAUUCACCCCAAUGGUUUAUAUCUGACAUUGCUGCAAUAUAUGCUGGAGGAUUUGCUGCUGGUAUUUAUACAACAAAUUCAUCAGAGUCAUGUCAAUAUUGUGCUCAACAUAGUAGAGCCAAUAUUAUUGUUGUUGAAGAUAGUAAACAGCUUGAAAAAAUUCUUGAAAUAAAACAUAAUUUACCAGAUUUAAAAGCCAUUAUUCAAUAUGAAGGAAUUCCAAAAGAAAAAAAUGUACUCAGUUGGGAUGAUGUCUUGGAAAUUGGUAGAGCUGAAACAGACAAUAAACUUGAUCAUGUAUUAUCAACAAUUGGAGUAAAUGAAUGUUGUACACUUGUUUAUACAUCUGGUACAGUUGGCCAUCCAAAAGCAGUUAUGUUGAGUCAUGAUAAUUUAACACUUGAUGCUAAAUCAGUUAAAGAUGCUGUUAAAUUUGAUGAUAAAUGUGAAAUAAUUGUUAGUUAUUUGCCAUUAUCACAUGUUGCUGCUCAAGUUGUUGAUAUAUUUACAAGUUUAACAAUUGGUGCAACAGUUUAUUUUGCUGAUAAAAAUGCAUUAAAAGGUAGUCUUAUUGAGACAUUAACAUAUGCAAGACCAACAGCAUUUCUUGGUGUACCACGUGUAUGGGAAAAAAUAUAUGAAAAAAUGAUGAUUGUUGCUAAAAAUAAUGGUUCAAUUAAAACAUGGAUUGCUGGAUGGGCAAAAUCACAAGGUUUAUUUUAUAAUAUGAAUAAAAUGAAUGGUGUUGAUUAUAAAACAUGGGGUUAUUUAAUUGCAAAAUGGUUAAUAUUUAAUAAAAUUAAAAAAACAUUGGGUCUUGAUAGAUGUAAAAUAUUUGUAACAGCAGCAGCACCCCUGAGUGAUGAUAUUAAAAAAUAUUUUAUGAGUUUAGAUAUGCCAAUAAUGGAAGCAUAUGGAAUGUCUGAAUGUUCUGGUGCUCAUACACUUGCAACAAAUGAUAGAUAUAAAUUAGGUAGUGUUGGUCCAGUAUUAAAAAAUAUUAAAACAAAAUUACAUAAUCCAGAUGAUACUGGUGAGGGUGAAAUAUGUAUGGGUGGACGUCAUGUUUUUAUGGGAUAUUUAAAUGAACCAGAUAAAACAAAAGAAGCUAAAGAUAAUGAUGGAUGGUUACACAGUGGUGAUCUUGGUAGAAUUGAUGGAAAAGGAUUUCUUUAUGUUACUGGAAGAAUUAAAGAACUUGUUAUAACUGCUGGUGGUGAAAAUAUACCACCAGUACAAAUUGAACAACAAUUAUUAAAAGAAUUGCCAGCAUUAAGUAAUGCAAUGCUUAUUGGUGAUAUGAAAAAAUAUUUAACAAUUUUAGUAACACUAAAGACCGAUAUGGAUCCAGAAAGUGGAGAACCACUUGAUACACUAUUGUCAACAACAAAAAUAUGGGCAAAUUCAAUUGGCAGUAAAGCAACAACUGUUACUGAAAUUAUUCAAACAAAAGAUUCAGCAAUUUAUCAAGAAAUUGAAAAAGCCAUUAAAAGAACAAAUGAGCAUGCAAUAAGUAAUGCACAAAAAUUACAAAAAUUUACAAUAUUACCUCAUGAUUUUUCAAUUCCAACUGGAGAAUUGGGUCCUACUUUAAAACUUAGAAGAAAUGUUGUUGCUAAAAUGUACAAACAGCUCAUUGACGAUAUGUACAAUUAAUUAAUUAAUUAAUUAAUUCAAAACUCGUACUCUCUUAUCGAUCAACAAUAAUUGAUAUUAAUUAAAGAAAAAAAAAAAAAAAAAAAAAGUAAUUUUGCUAUAACUUAUAAUAAUAAUAAUAAUAAUAAUAAUAAAUAUGCGGGUAAUAAAACAACAAUUUGACGAUUCACUAUAUAUAUAUAUAUAUAUAUACGAUAUUUUGUAUGAGUGUAAAUAUUGCAUUGUGAAUAAUGACAAAAUUAUUUGCUCGUUUUAAUAUUAUGACUAUGUAUAAAAUGCCUUGUAUGUAUAAACUUUAAAUGAAUUUUUAUAAUGUAGUAAUAAUAAUAAUAAUAAUAAUAACAACAACAACAACAACAAUACAUAGUACUUAAAUAAUAAUCCUAACAAGUGCCUUUUUAUGGAUUUUAUAUUAUAAUUUAUAAUAAUUAUUGUACUUAUUGUAAAACAAAUAAUUUAUAGGCAAUAUGUAUAUUAAUUUAUUCAAUGUUGCCAAACAUAUAUUAUGUAAAGAAUAUUUAAAUGGUAAAUUUAAUUUAUUUAAUACUGUUGCAGUUGUUGUUGUUGUUGUUGUUAUUGUUGUUUUGUUGUUGAAUAUAUUGUGAAUCAAAUGGCGUUUGCAUAAUGGAAUUAGACAAAAAUAUUUAAUAAUUAAGUAUGACAAUAUAAUUAUUUAAUUUAAUAAUAAUAAUAAUAAUAAUAAUAUAUAUGUAUUGGUUUUAAAUUUGUUUUGUCAUUAUUAUUAUUAUUAUUAUUUUCAGAGUUGUCUUGCAUUAUAUUUUUUCUAAAAUUGAAUAAUAAUUUGUAAAUUAUUGUGUAUAUAACUAUACCUAUAAAUAAAAUAAAAUAAAAUAAAAUAAAAUAAUCCA